GAUCAAAUCGAAAAUUGCACUUUCAUUUACGACAACAAACGCGAUCAUGAACACAAGUACUCUCUUUCCCCCCAACCGUGAACAGUUCAGCGACGCAGUCAUCGGCUCUCUGAUGCAGCGAAAUGAACACUACCCCAGCAAUAAUAUACAGAGGACAGAGUGGAGAACUACCAAGGUCAGUCGUCAAUCAUAUUCUGCUGCGUUGGCAACAUCUGCGCUACCUGCGGUACCCAAUGCUUGCAAACGCCUUCUCUCCGAUAAAGUGUGCGGUCAGAUUACCAUUUCCAACGAGCGGAAGAUGCGAGCAGGGGUUGAUUAUUCAGACGCCAAGCAUUCCGCCGAUGUCGAGCUAAGACGCCAACGCAAUCGUAUGCACCAGGCACGUUACAAGAUGAAGCAGCGUCAACUCGUGGCAGAUCUCGAAGCCGCAGUGACGCACUUGAGACAAGAGAUCCAAGAGCUUGAGAUACAGCAACGAUUGCUAUCGUACGGACUUCCGACAACCACGACAAUCUGGAACAUCGCUGCUGAGUAUUUCCGUCUCUUUCGCCACGGCACCAAGGGCUCCACUAUGGUAGAGAACGCACACAUUGAACCAGCGUUAAACCUUCUCCACAGUCAGGUUCAAUGGGACUUUAUGAAGACGACGAUGGCUCCUGAUGUCACAGACGGAGUGGUCAUCGGCAUCGAUGCGCUGAUAGAGAGCCAUGCUCUUCAGUCUCGAUGCUACGAAGCCAUCGACCUGCAGCCUCUGCGUAUGGACGAUGGACCUGAAGGGUUGCUAAUUGUCUCGACCCAAUGCGAGCUCACGAUUACUGAAAACAUGCUGGUCUGCGGGUUCCCCAAUCUGGUUAAGGAUGGAGAAUGGUCCUCCCUUGCUGACAAGAUGCUCGGUAAGAAGAUCGUUAUCUACGGAUCAACCCAUUUCUUCUGGGAUAACACAAGAGGACGAGUAGUGCGUCUCCAGUGGAAGGCUGACGUCAUGACAGCAUUAUUGCGUCUACUUGGAAGCCUGGAUACGGUGCCGCAAGUGUUUAACGGUGCUAGAAUGUCUCCUGAAGGCAUGGUCAAGCCCAGCCUGUAGUGUAGCCUCCAUAAUUACAUAUAGUAAUUGCUCAUAAAUUCUUGCAACAUACAAAUGUUGGUCGU